CAUUUCAGCACGACGUACGGAAAAACAUGUGUAGAUAUCUGUUUGUAAAGCAUAACGAGUAUGGCGAGGUUGUAAGUAUUCAUUAAGGUAUUUGUAGAGGUGAACUAUUGCGGUUCAAACCGUCAAAUCAUUGCUUUAGCAAAUGUAAUUAGCCAGCUAAUUUACUAACUAAUGCUUGAUCUCCUGAUCACAUGUUCGCAAAACUAGCUAGCAAGCUAACGUCAUCCAAGAAGCCAAUUUACUGAGCAACAGGACGUUUGAAGUAUAGUCGGCUGUCACAUAUUAAGUCAAAGGCUAGUCGCUUAACAAUGUUUACUUUUUAGAAUGAGACGUGAAGACUUAAAGUUAUAAUGAAAGUUCAGGCUGCCAUUACACUGCAACGUGUCUUUAGCAGCUAACGUUAGCUUGCCUAACUCAAACAAAUUCGAAGAGAAUUGACAGACAUAUUUUCUAAAUCAAAGCUCAUAGUCCUCGAGAUAUGUCUAAAGUCAAGCCAGAGAAAACGGACUCUGCUGCUUCUUCUAAAACGCCAGAAUCCAGCCUGGACCAAAAGAAAAAGAAACUUGUAAAGAAGAAGUUUUUUGAACACACCAAGAAACAACCAGUGGCUAAAGAUCAAGGUAAAACCAAUGCAUUGCUUCCCCCGAAAGAUGCCGAACAGUUUUCAGCCAACUGGAAAACGUUACUAGAGGUGUUCAAAUCCAAUCCCCUGCCAGUAAAAAAUAAACCAGUUACGCAGAACUCAAAGAAGGAAGUCCCUAAGAAACCCACUAAAGACAUUUCAAAGAAGGAUGAGGUGGUGGAGGAUAAGAAGCCUGCUAAAGACUUAUCAAAGACAGUGAAUGAUGCCAAGCCCAUGCAGGUGUACAGUAGGAAAGUAGGGAAGGACAGUGCCGUUCCCAAUAAAUCCCAGGUGAAUGGGAAAGGUCCAGGAACAUCGGGGACAGAACAGCCUAAUGCCAAGAAGAAGAAACCGAACAACGCCCAGGUGGAUGGUAAAACACAGAUGAAGAAGAAGAAAAUAGAGGAAGUGGAGGAAAAGAAACCCACUGAAUCGGACAUGUGGUUUGAUGACGUGGACCCUGACGACAUUGAGGCCACAGUGGGGACAGAGGCAGCGGAUAUCAUGAGGAAGAUGCAAGGCAUUCGGAAGACAGAUGCCCAGACCACAGAGAAGGCGCUGGUCAAGGACAGGGGGUUCGAGGGCCUUACCAAGGCGGUAGCUAUGGACUGUGAGAUGGUGGGUGUGGGGCCAGAUGGAGAGGACAGCAUUGUAGCCCGGGUCUCCCUUGUCAACCAGUUUGGGAAGUGCAUCUACGACAAACACGUCAAGCCCACAGAGAAGGUGACAGACUACAGGACAGCUGUUAGCGGCAUCCGGCCGGAGAACAUCAAAAACGGUGAGAAUGUAAAGACUGUACAGACAGAGGUGGCUGAGAUCCUCCAGGGGAGAACGCUAGUGGGACACGCCAUUCACAAUGACCUUAAGAUUUUGCUCUUGGAUCACCCAAAAAAGAGAAUCAGAGACACACAGAAGUAUAAACCUUUCAAGAAAAUUGUGAAGAGUGGUCGGCCCUCUCUGAAACUCCUGUGUAGAGAAAUACUUAACGUCAAAGUACAGCAGGGAGAACAUUCAUCCGUCCAAGACGCCCAGGCGACUAUGAGAUUGUACACGAUGGCGAAGAAGAAUUGGGAAGCAGAGAUCAAGGCUAGUCAUAACAACCCAGACUUAACCAAGAAGACCAAAGAACCAAGGAAGCCCAAAUCAGCAAAACUCAAAUGAACCUGACUGGUUCUGAAGUCUUAACUGCAUCAUUCUGUUAUGGGACUGUGGACUAACCAUUGACUAGGUGGUACAGAACAGGUGGCUUGACUGAAUUAAUAACAAGUGUGUCUUUGGGAAGUGGAUAGUUUGGUGACCCAUAAGGAUUGCACAAAGAAGUUUGUUCAAAUUGAUAUUGACUUUAUUCAAAUCCCACUCAGCUCAAAUCCUAGUGCUCCUUCAACUAUGCAUCGAUCUUUCAUUCAUUGUCUGGUACAUCCUCUUCAGUGUUCUUUUUGUUCAGAUCGGGGUUUUAAAAUGUAAUCUCUUAUCUUCUAACAUCCACAGGUUAGGUUUAGAGAAGCUGUUGCAUUUGUGGGCUUUAACAUUAAAAGUUUGAUAUCUUUAA